CCAACGACGACCGAUGUGUCCAGAGGUUGCGAGGGCAUACACACAGCGCAAGGCAGCGAGCUCAUCGGUGCUCGGUACACUGCGGGUGCGCACAGUGCGUCAUGCCUUGAGCAGAAGACGUCGGCUUUUCGCGUUCCCUCGGACGACCAGUGCAGAAUAAGUUGACAAGGCGCUGCGAGUUGCGCGCAGGGGUCGGGUCUUUGAGAGUCCGUCCUGGCCAAGAUGAGCUCUCAGCCAGAAUAUACAUCCGAUGUCGUGAUGUCAAGCGCGUUCCACGAGUCCCCAUCCUCAAGGGCCGAGUCUGACCACAAGCCGACAUCAACUCAUGUGCCCGGCACUGAAGCCGGCUGGGGGAACUUUCGCGAAAAGGCGCCAAGUGCUCACACUCAGGAGAAUAUCUCAACUUCGCACAGUCCAGCUGCGAGCAGCAACAACCGGCAUCAGCGUUCGCGCAGUGUCAACAUCCCGGGCAACAGCCCUGUGCUGUUGUCUAUGGGCCUGGCCCAGCAGCAGCUCAAAUCCCCGAGUGGGACUGGUAAUACAGGAAAGUAUUCUCCCACAAACGCUGCGUCGCACAGCACCAUUCAAAGCAGCAGCAAAGGGUCAUCCGCGAAGCGAACUAGCUGGCAUCCGGGCAGCAGCGCAGGUGGUGCGCAUACAGCCAAUCUCACAACAGCGGAGAAGAUGAACAUAGGUUUGGGUCUCGAGCCAGUGUCGGAAGGCCAGGAUCAACAGAUGGAACCGGAGGAUACGUCUAGUACAGUUGAGUCUUCUUCCUCGACAUCUGAAGUACCCAGCGAGACCACCCAGCCCCGAUCUCAACCCUUGCCUGUUGUGAGGCCCAAGGCACUCACAUCGAGCGAGGUGUUGCACGGGCAAAGCACAGAGAGCGAAGGCAGUACGAGCAGCGAAUCUUCCUCGCCUGAUCCAGGGCGCUUGGGGCGCUUUACGCGCCCGCAUAAUUCUUUUUCUGCUCCUCUUCUAACUGGAGAGUCUCCAUCGUCACUCGAGCGCGGCAUCUCCCCAUCACGCAUCUCCAGCAAUCAUUUGCACCACCACAGUGGCCAUACGCUGCCGCCGUUUGCUCACGCUCUCGGCGCGCCAUCCUCGCCUCGCUUCAGCGGCUUCCAGCAUCAUGCGCGCAGCUUGUCGAGGGAGAGGCAGACACCUUCGCCUCCCCCCUUUCUGCAUACCGAAGCCGCUGCAGUAAGCUACUCGACAUCCCCCUCCACCUCUCCGCGCUCUCCAGGAUUCUUGGCUCGGGUAAUACCGGUCAAUCCUGACAAGGCCCAUCCAUGGGACUCUGUCUGGCCGCCCCCCUCAAGUGCUGGCGCAGGGCACGGUGCUGCACACGAUGCGAUUCAUACAAGCCCGUUAGCAGCAGGGACAUCGCCCAUGUCGCCGCACAGGCUCAUCAAAGCCUUAAGCAGCAGUCCCGAGCUACGGCCCUUCCCGCAUCCAAGCGAUAUCGGACGCGGGCAAAGGAGCCAAAGUGUGGAUCUCGCCGAUGCGGAUGACAGCAUGCCGAGGCAGCGAAGCGAUAGUGCAGGAGAGAGCGCUCGCUCCUCUGUUUUGAGAGGCGUGCCACAUGCGUCUCGCUCGAAUGGAGGCGUUCAGAUGCAGCGCCCUGCAUCUGCGGAUGGCUUGCCGGCCAGGAUCGAACGCGCUGCAUCCCCUUCCGUGGCUGCCGCUGCAAACUCUCAGCAUGGCAAGGCAAUCACGCAGUCCUUCCAGGAGCGCCCGCUCCAGUCAUUGGGGGCCAUGCCGCUCGUCGUUCCCAGUUCGAGCCCUGCGGCAGCGCCGGUAGUGAGUAGGCGGCAUCGGAGAGGCUCGUCGAGUUCCAGCUCCAGCUCAGGCAGCGACGGAAGUGGCACUGGGGCCGCCAGUGGAAGCGGCAGUAUGCGGGGCAUCCAUGGGAGCCCAGCUUUGUCUCCGUCAUCGCGGGUCAGGUCUUUUGCGCAGCAACAGGAUGCCAUCGCGGCUUCGCCGUCGGAAAGGAUCCUCAGCCCGCCGCUCCAACCGCAAGCCAAAUUCGAUCAGCAGCAUGCUCUUGCAGAGGCAGUGCAUUCAGGUAUCGCUGCGGUGCUCGGGGAGCCCCCGGAAUUGCGUCUGUCAGACCCCAUCUCACCCCGCUCAACCAGCCCGCGGCCGCUUGCGAACACCACUUCUGGCCCGCUGUCCUCCCCGCGCAUGGCCAGCUUGCGCCUAGCCACGAAUCUCGAAGGCGGUGAUGUAGCUUCUGUCCCUUCGCUUUCCUCCCCAGGCGUUUCGCCUGUGUCUCAGUCCCCACCCAAGAGGCGCAGCUUCAUCGGCAUGCCACCGCGCUCGGGGUACGAGCUGAGCGACGACCCUGAUGAUGUCGGGUCCGAAGACGACGACGCAGCUUCGUCUAGCUCUGAUAGGGAAAGUACCAGCACGAUGGAGGAGGACGAUGUCGAUGAGAUGGAAGAAGGCGAAGCACCAGAAAGCGGGGGCGAGAUGGAGGAGAGUGAUGAUAGCGCCCAAGGACGGGAUUGCAUCGAAGAGCAUCAGCGGCAUGCUGCUUUCCAGUGCGCCGAUCCAGAUGAGGAAGACGAAGACGAUAGACUUGCGCGGCACCUGCACAUGAGUCAGCGUCAGGCACACUUUGCCCGCGAUGGUCGCUCUGAUGGCGCGACAGAAAGCGAAGGAAGUAGCGAUGGGGACGGGUCGCACACCGAAGAGCACUCAUUUUCGCGGGAUCAGCAGGAGAGUGCACAGGAUGACGAGCCAACAGGAGCAAUGGCAAUCAUUUUUAAGCAACGGCCGAUGCCGAUCAAGCGCCCAAGCCUGACUCGUCCGGCUGCAGUGCCUCCGCCACCUGCAACUACGGCUGCGCAUGUACCCGCGCUUUCCGAAGCUUCCGCACCCGCUAGCGGUCAGAAAAGGCAAUCUGCUGUGGAGGGGGAGGAUGGAGGCAUGCCUAUGGGCUCUGGGGCGCCACCGGCGCUUGACCUAUCGGAGAUGGGUAGCGCCGAGGUGUCAUCUCAUGCGCCGUCAUCAGCCCCGACGCCGGGAGCAGACGCGGAUGACGCGCUCAGUCCGCUAGAGAAGAUUUUCCUCUAUGCAAAGAGCGAGAUGGCAUACCACCGAGUUCUCGUCUCUCGCUCGCUGCCGGAAUGGAUCUUUGAGGUCGAGCUGAGUGACGCGGUCGAGUACAUCAUCCCAUUGCUCAAUGGGUUGGGAACCGAUGAGCUUGAGGUCUGUGCAGCAUUUGCUCCCGUUUUGGACUGCAUCAUGUGGUUCUUCUUCCGCAAUUGCCCACUUGCAGAGUUGGACGGCGAUGAGGAUUCAGGUCCGAAUGCUCUGUCAACGCAGACACCCCGAGAAGGCAAGGUGGACGGGGAAGACGAACCGGUCGCUCGAGAGACGGCCAUGCGCCCGAGGUUGCCGGUUGGGGCAUUUACGCCUUUGCUCUGCACGCUGCUGCUUAACCAACAUGCUUCCAUUGCGGAGGCUACUCAGUUCGCCUUGACUCAGUUUAUCAUUCGGCUGCACACUGGACAUGUCGACCUCGCAGCCGAGCCUUUGCGCUCGCCGCAACCGAAUGAUGAGCCAGCGAUGUUCGCCUUCACGAAUCAGCCCGAUAUCGGGGACGAUCUUGGGACGUACCUCGACAAUGCCGGCCUCGUUAAAGGGGUACUCGGACGGGAAGGCAAACUUGUUCCACACGAGGACUACUUCUUUGGAAGGAAGCAGCGUGCAGCGGUCCAGGCAGAAAUCCUCGACAAUGUCGCAUUUGCCAUUGGCAGGCUUAGUCCAGACCAACAGGCACAUCGGGAUGUAAAUCAAGAAGGCGGCCAAGAGAGUCAUGCAGGCCAGUCAGACUCUGCUAUGGGCGAUACUUCCCGGUCGCCAGGCGAGACGCGCCCAGCAGACGAUCAAGGGUCUUUGCAAUCGGAGGAUGCCAACAAUACUGAGCAGCUUCAAGAACAAGGAACAGACGACUCGCUUGAACAAUCUCAGUUUGACCAAAUUCCCCACGACCCAUGGGGAAUCAUGAAUGAGUGGAAUGGCACAGCGGAUGUCAACUCGGAGCACGCGUCUGGUUAUGAGGCCGACUUGGACACGGAAGCAGCUGUCGGACGUAUGUCAUCGGUCUCCUUACUGGCAGCAUUGGCCGCCGAAAAGUGCAUCAGCGAGGAUGUCUUGGAGCAACGCUUCGUACCAGAGCUGAUCCGACUGCGCACCGAUGGCGCGUACUUUGUGCGCAAGGAGGUUGCGCUCUCCUUGGCUUCUCUCGCUAAGAGCCUGUCGCCGGUUAUCGUGGACACGGAGCUCAUCGAAACGUUCGAGAUGUUCACCCACGACAAGAUCUGGCAUGUACGACAAGCUGCGUGCCUUUCUAUGCCGGGCUUGUUUGGCGCCACGUCCAAUGCCGCGCUCAAGCGGGAGAAGGUCAUCCAAGCAGUCCGCACUUUCUCAACGGAUGUCUCGAAGCAAGUCCGAUCUGCAUCAUUGGAGAUCAUCGGCGAACUCAUCCACCUCUUCUACGGAGAUCCCGAGGGCCCGCCGGAACACCUGAUUCGGUUCUUUACGGGAGAGUCGUACGACCGGGAGGAAGAGUCUGAAGCACCUGUCAAUGAGCAGUUUCUGCCAGGUCGAUCAAUUGCGCAGACGCCUACACCCUUGGAGACCGACGAUGGCAUGUGGGGCCAUGAAAUGUGGGCAAGCUCGUCGGUGGACUCCGAACGGCCCUUGAUGGUCGCUUUCAACCUCCCAGCUGUCGUCCUGACCCUAGGUGCGAGCAAAUGGUCAACGUUGCGCGAACUGUAUGCGAAUUUGGCGGAUGAUCGCUCACCGAGGGUGCGUAGGUCUUUGGCUGCAUCGCUGCAUGAGAUUGCGAAAAUCAUAGGGCCCGAGCCAGCCGGCGCCGACGUACUUCCCCUGUUCGACAAGCUGCUUUCUAAUCAGGAGGCAGAGGUUCGGGCAGCUGCCGUCGAUCAUGUCGACGAGUUGCUGGCCGCAGUCCCCAGAGAAGAGGCGGAGGGGAAACUGCGCCUCUUGAAGACUCACUGGACAUCGACUUUUAGCCCCGAUUGGCGAUUGCGGGAGCGCCUCGCUCAAUUGAUCGAGCCGCUCGCUCGCCAGUUCCUCCUUGGAGAUGAGGACGGCAACUUGGUUGCUCUGAUGCAGUUAGCUCUUUCGGACCCUGUCGCGUCAGUCCGGAACGUCGGUUGCCGAUCUGUGCCCACUCUCUAUACGAUCUUCGCGGAGCAUGACCAGGUCAUCGCCGAUGGCUUCCUCGGCAUGAUUAGCGACAUGGGCGAGAGCGACAAGUACCGCAUGCGCUUGUCUUGCCUCGGCGCGAUCCAAGCGCUCGUAGAGUCGAAGAUCCAGCGCUCGUCUUUCGAACUCGUCCUCCUGCAGCGCAUCAUCCAAUUUGGCUCUGAUGCGGUUGUGGACGUUCGUCUAUUGCUCGCACGUGUUGUGUCCCGUAUGUGCGGCAUCGAUGAACUCUACGGCCUGCCGCAAUCCCGUUCAGACGACCUGAAUGCACUCCUUGAGUGUCUUGCACAGGACCGACACGAGCAGGUGCGGGAGAUGAUCACGCCUUUGCUGCUUGAGGGUAAGAAGCUUCCCGCGAGAAAGUCCUUAUCGCCUGAGCCUCGUCGACAACUCGUCCUCGGCCCCGCAGAGGGAGGUCCUCACAAGCCCCCUGCGGACGAGGUAGUACAAGUGACUGGAUGCGAACAGGACUACGAGUUUGCAGACGCCGAGACGGUGAACAUUGAGCUUGAUCAAGAUGGUGCCGCGCAAUCUGGCUACGAGGUGUGGGUCCGAAGAGACGAAGAGGACAGCGAUGAUGACAUGGAUGGCGGCGCUGGGUCUGCCACAACCACCGCGAAUGCGGAUGCUGCACAUUGCAGCGAGGGUGAGGGGCAUGUCGAUGCGGACGCGGAUUCCGAGUGGGUCUUCAGCAGUCAGAUGGACAUUGGCGAUGAUGCAGGAACUCCUGUGCACCGCAAGGGCCAACUACACAUCAAUGGCGUGUUGGAGUCUAGUCAGCGCGCGGAAGCCCUGACGACACUGUACUCGCCACUCAAAGCUGGCGACACCAACAAGAAGUCGGCUGCGCCGGCGCCGGUGUCGUCCGCUUCGUUGUACGCUCCGAUGGACAUGAGCCCGACGAAGAAGGGCGCGCGGAACGGCCACACUGUCAGCGGUAAGGUAUCGUCCUCCGCAACUCUAUCCGAUUAUGCAGCGGAUGACAAUAACGACACCAACGACGCCGACGGCGCUGUGCGAGCAAAUAGUGCAAGCAUCGGCGGCAGCGACCCUUUUCAUGCAUUUGUAGCGCACCGUCGUGAUCAGGGGCCGCCGGCGCGUGCGCCGCAGCCGAUCGGCGACAAAGUCAGCAGCGUUAAGAGCAUCCGCCACGGAAGCGAUCCGGAUAGGAAUGGCCAGGAAGGCCAAGAGGAAGGCGUAGCGUGCGCAGAUCUGCAGCGGAUCAUUGGAGAUGCGAUGGAGGAGGACUGAUGGAUCGAUGUUGGGCUAUGCAUGCAGCUAUGUGCCCUUCUGGGCAUCCUUUGCUCUCACGCUGCUUGCAUGCUCCUUGAGAUUUUGCGCACUUAACAUACCGGAUGUAUCAUCACGCUGUCGAUGCCAACAUUGCAUUUGUCUACUUUGUG